AUGUCUAUGCGAAAAGCUCUUGGCCAAGAGCCUUCUGGAACUAUGUAUGAUGAACAAGAACGUCAAAAAACGCUUCGACUUAAUCGUGAAGUACGUGAACAGCCACAAGAACCUCGUCUCGAAUGGAUAUAUACCGGUGAUCGAACAAAAACUGAAGAUUAUUUACUUGGAAAAAAAUAUGAUGCUGAUGUACAAUCAAAUCCAGUACCGGAAGAAAAUACAACAACAUCAACAAUUGAUUUAGCUAAUAAAAUUCGUGAAGAUCCUUUAUAUUUAAUUAAAAAAAAAGAAAUCGAACAAAAAAAGAAAAUUUUAGACAAUCCUGUUCGACUUAAACAACUUAAAGAACUUUUAGAACGUCAAGAAUCAGCGCAAUCAUCUUCACACAGAAAAAAGCGUCAUUCUCGAUCUCGAUCACCACCACGUCAUCAUCAUCAUCACCAUAAACGUGAUAGUCCAUCAUCACAGCGUCAGCGACGUCGCUCUCCUUCGCCUCCUCGUCGUCGGCCAUCCCCUCCACCUCGUCGGCAAUCGCCUCCACCUCGUCGACAAUCACCAUCAUCUCGUCGACAAUCGCCUCCACCACGUCGGCAAUCGCCACCAUCUCGUCGAAAAUCACCACCAUCUCGUCGAGAACGUACUCCACCACGUUCAAACAAUAAACGUCCUGAAAAAUUAUCCAAAGAAGAACGUGAACGUCGUAUACGUGAAAUGCUUGUUGAUGGAACUAUAAGAAAUGAGCAACGUCAACACAAUGUUCGUAUAUAUAAAGAACGCGAUGACGAAGAAGAAAAAGCUAAUAUUUUGAUGAAAGAACGUGCAAAGAAAAAAAAUGAUUUAUCAUCAUCUGAUGAUGAAGAACAAGAUUUUAUUCGACCAAUGAUGAGACAAGUUGUCGAUGAUCCAAGUUUAAAACGAAGAGAUCUUAAACAUCAUCAUCAUAAACGACGAUAA